AUGGGAAAGCAUGGUGCAUCAUGUGGAGCAUGCAAGUUCUUGAGAAGAAAAUGCAAUAAUGGAUGUGUUUUUGCUCCUUACUUCUGUUUUGAUGAGUCUGCGACCCAUUUCGCCGCAGUUCAUAAGGUGUUUGGAGCGGCUAAUGUUUCGAAACAUCUCUCACAACUUCCGGUGCAGGAUCGAAGUGAAGCUGCGCUAACUAUAUCAUAUGAAGCAAUAGCUCGUAUGCGUGAUCCUACCUAUGGUUGUGUUGCUCAAAUAUUUGCUCUUCAACAGCAGGUGGCUAUCCUACAGAAGGAGAUACAGAAUCUUGAAACUCAAGUAGCUGCAACUCGUUCUACCAGUGCCCCCGUCAAUCAUCAGAGCGUUCAUACGUUUAACAACAUCAACAGCAGUCCGUUCCAUUUUUCUUCGUCACAACUCCAUGAUUGGAACUUGCAUAACUCUGACCCCUCCAAUUUGAUGAGCAUUAUAAAUGGAAAUGUUGUGACUCUACAAAUGAACCAAAUAUUCGGCGCAGAAUACACAAAUGUACCAAAUUCCUGUCAGAGUGGGCAACUUGAGCAAGAGAUCUUUUUCAAUGACCCUUGCUGGUUGGAUAUCCCAACAAUAAGUUUGCAGAGCAGCAGUACUGGACAGGUGAUCAAUUGCCCAAGCCUGCUUGACGACAUACUGCUUAUUUAG